AGCUUGUGUAGCAGACAUCAUGAAAUUCCUGGCUGUUUUCUUUGCCGUCGUGGCGUGCGCCUAUGGCGAUGUCUCCCAUCUGGGCUACGACUACGCUCCCCCGGCGCCAGUGGCUCCCGUCCAGGUGUACCAGCCUGCUCCGGCACCCGCACCCAUCCGCAUCCCAGCCCCCGCGCCCGUGCAGACCUACAUUCCUCCCGCACCAAUCUCGAUCCCAGCUCCUGCACCAGUCUACCAGCCUGCUCCGGCACCAGCACCCAUCCGCAUCCCAGCUCCGGCACCCGCACCCAUCCGCAUCCCAGCCCCCGCGCCCGUGCAGACCUACAUUCCUCCCGCACCAAUCUCGAUCCCAGCUCCUGCUCAAGUCUACCAGUCUGCUCCAGCUCCUGCUCCCGUCUACCAGCCCACUAGCCAGCAGGUGCUCGAGGAGAUCGAGCCCCAGUCUGCCGAUGGCUACCGCUACAAGACCGUGCGCCGUCGCGUCUACCGUCACCGCUUCUAAGUGCUAGGUGGCAGCCCAGCCCCAAACCAAGCCAAGCCAAGCCAAAGCAAAGCAAAGCGAAUCGAACUGUUUCCUAACGAACUCCCCAGGGAGUUGCAAUAAAAAAUUCCUUCUCCUCCUUCAACU